AUGAAAUCUAAUAAUAUAAUCCUGUGUGUUGCCUUCCUCUCCCAGACAGGAAUUGGAGUUUUAGGGAAUUCCUUCCUUAUUUUCCUCUUCAUCUUUGUUUUUCUCAGUGGACAUAGGAUGAGGCCUAUAGACACUAUUGUCACUCAACUGGCCUUUGUCAACUGCUUGGUGCUUCUCUCAAAAGGCAUUCCCAAGACAAUGACAGCUUUGGGUUUGAUGAAUUUCCUGGGUGAAAUUGGAUGCAAAAUUGUUUCAUAUCUUCACAGAGUAGCUCAGGAGCUUUCCCUUAGCAUGACCUGCCUCCUGAGUGGUUUUCAGGCCAUCACCAUCAGCCCCAGCAACUCCAUUUGGGCAGGGCUUAAAGCCAGAACCCGAAAGUACAUCAUUCUCUCUAGUCUCUUCUGUUGGACUUUUCACCUGCUUUUUUGCAGCUAUACUCCUUGGGGAAUUCAGGGACCAAGUCAUGCCAGAAAUAUCACUGAGAUACAGCAUUAUGGAUAUUGUUCUCAUGUAAUUCUUUCUGGAUAUCAUGCCUCCUUAUUUGCAACCAUUAUCUCCUUUCCUGAUUCUGUGUGUAUGGUAUUCAUGGUCUCUGCCAGUGGUUACAUGGUGUUUCUUCUAUACAGACAUCACAGGCAAGUCAAGCAAAUUCACCUUACUUGCCUCUCCCUCAGAGUCUCCCAUGAGUCCAGGGCCACCAAAACCAUCCUACUGCUACUGAGCACCUUUUUUACCUCUUACUCACUCAACAGCAUCUUGACAACAUAUAUGUCUUUUGUAAAAUCUCCACACUGGUUAGCACAUACCUCUGCUUUCCUGGCUUCAUGUUUCCCAGCUGUUAGCCCCUAUAUGCUGAUAAGCAGUGACUCACAAGUUCCUAGGUAUUUCUACGCUCUUUGUAGAAAGAAAAACCCACAUUUUGACCUUGAUAGUAGAUUGGUAUCCUCCACCAAGGAUGUUCCAUGA